ACCACUGAGUCUGUGACUCUGAACUGUGGAGGAAACUCUGCUGAGUGGAGAGUGAAGGAAUUUAGAGAAAACUAUGAUGAUUGGAUAGUGAUGGAGUAUGAAGAAAUAGUCUCUGUUCGCCAGUUAUCAGAUUGCUCCAACUGGUGGGAGAUGACUGGAUCCUCAUGUACCAUUAACAGUCACUGGUUCCAUGAAGCAGUGUUCUGGUGUGAGUCUGGAUCAGGAGAGUUCAGCAAUGCAGUCAACAUCAGAAUAAAUGAUGCACCAGAUUCAGUCCUGACUGUGUCUCCAUCAAGGCUGAGUCCUGGAGCCUCAGUGACUCUGAGCUGUGAGGUUAAACCUUCAUCUACAGGAUGGAGGUUCUACUGGUAUAAAGCUGUUCCUGAUUUAUCAAAGAAAAACUACAAAUAUGAGUUGCUGCCUGGUAGCAUCAGUGGGACUGUAGAGAACUCCUUUAUUAUUCACGGACAGAAACAAACAGCAGGAUUUGUAUGUAGAGCUGGAAGAGAAAACCCAGAGUAUUUCAGUUUAUACAGCAAACCAACGUUUGUCUGGUCUAAAGAUCCUCAUCCAGCAGCGUCUCUCUCAGUGAGUCCUGACAGAGAGCAACACUUCACCACUGAGUCUGUGACUCUGAACUGUGGAGGAAACUCUGCUGAGUGGAGAGUGAAGGAAUUUAGAGAAAACUAUGAUGAUUGGAUAGUGAUGGAGUAUGAAGAAAUAGUCUCUGUUCGCCAGUUAUCAGAUUGCUCCAACUGGUGGGAGAUGACUGGAUCCUCAUGUACCAUUAACAGUCACUGGUUCCAUGAAGCAGUGUUCUGGUGUGAGUCUGGAUCAGGAGAGUUCAGCAAUGCAGUCAACAUCAGAAUAAAUGAUGCACCAGAUUCAGUCCUGACUGUGUCUCCAUCAAGGCUGAGUCCUGGAGCCUCAGUGACUCUGAGCUGUGAGGUUAAACCUUCAUCUACAGGAUGGAGGUUCUACUGGUAUAAAGCUGUUCCUGAUUUAUCAAAGAAAAACUACAAAUAUGAGUUGCUGCCUGGUAGCAUCAGUGGGACUGUAGAGAACUCCUUUAUUAUUCACGGACAGAAACAAACAGCAGGAUUUGUAUGUAGAGCUGGAAGAGAAAACCCAGAGUAUUUCAGUUUAUACAGCAAACCAACGUUUGUCUGGUCUAAAGAUCCUCAUCCAGCAGCGUCUCUCUCAGUGAGUCCUGACAGAGAGCAACACUUCACCACUGAGUCUGUGACUCUGAACUGUGGAGGAAACUCUGCUGAGUGGAGAGUGAAGAGAAAACUAUGA